UGGACGGAACGCUUCUUCAACAACUGCAGCCACCUUGGUAGCUCGCUAGCCAACAAAUUCGGAACAUUCAAGUUCUUUAGACAAUUUCGUGGUUUAUUUGCCACUAUGAUUUAAACAUACUUAUGUGGAAACAACUAGCUACCCCAUUUAAUGUAAUAUUUACGUUGUAAGUAGCUAGCUGGCUGGUUAAAUUUAGCACUAGUCUAGUUGCUAUUGCUAACUAGCUAACAUCCCCGACCAUGAGUUUACUAAGCUACUCUCCUCCUGCUAAAGAAGAUGAGGCCUGCUGGACAGAGAAAGAAACUCUCGUGGAAGAGGAAGAUGUUACAAAACAAAAACAAGUAGAGGAUGAGACUGUUACAGUGAAAGAAGAAGAAGAAGAGAAAGACGUUUCAGUGAAAGAAGAGGAAGAUGCGUUCAGAGUGAAAGAGGAGGAAGAGGAUGUUACAGUGAAAGAAGAGGAAGAUGCGUUCAGAGUGAAAGAGGAGGAAGAGGAUGUUACAGUGAAAGAAGAGGAGGCCGAGAAAGAAGAGGAUGCAGUUUAUGAUGUGAAAGAGGAGGAUGUGGAGAUGACCUUCACAACCAUGAAGGAGGAGGAGGAAACUGGAUAUCUGGGCCCGGUUUCCCAAAGGCAUCUUAAGGCCAGUGGUUCUAACGAUGAAUUUAACCAUAAGGUGGUUUUUGGAAACCGGGGCCUGGUUAAUACUAGAGAGAGACUUGAUUAUCUCGGGUCCUCUGGGGAGUCUACAGAAGAGAGACGUGACUACUGUGGGUCCUCUGGGGAGUCUCAACAACAUCAUGAAGCUGACAAGGCAGAUCAGAGUCUCUCCAAAUCAGAACACCUCAAGAAACACCAACAGAGACCCACCGGGAAGAAAUGUCAUUGCUGCUCUGACUGUGGGAAGAGAUUCAACUCUUCAGGAGACCUUAAAAUACAUCAAAGAAUUCACACUGGAGAGACAUCUUUUGGCUGUGAUCAAUGUGGGAAGAGAUUUACUGAUUCAAGCAGCCUUAAAUCACACCAGAAAACACACACAGGAGAUAAAUCCUAUAGCUGUUAUCAAUGUGGGAAAAGUUGUACUACAUCUAGCCAUCUAAUUGUACACCAGAGAACACACACAGGAGAGAAACCUUUUAGCUGUGAUCAAUGUGGGAAGAAAUUUACUGUGUCAAACUCCUUGAUGGUGCACCAGAGAAUACACACAGGAAAGAAACCUUAUAGCUGUAGUCAAUGUGGGAAGAGUUUUACUCAACCAGAAAGCCUGAUUGUGCACCAGAGAAUACACACAGGAGAGAAACCUUAUAUCUGUUAUCAAUGUGGGAAAAGUUGUACGACAUUAGCCAUCUAAUUGUACACCAGAGAACACACACAGGAGAGAAACCUUUUAGCUGUCAUCAAUGUGGGAAGAGUUUUGGUACAUCUAGCCAUCUAAUUGUACACCACCGAACACACACAGGAGAGAAACCUUUUAGCUGUAGUCAA